CAACAGGUCAUCUGCUAACAUGACAACUACUCAGGCAGCAGCUACUGCUAUUCCUUCUUUUCCCGGUCGCAUGCUGCACAAUUAGAUGACGCUGUGUUGAGAAUGUUAGCUGGUGCUGGUUACCAAAAGAUCGGUAGAAACAACAUGCCGUAUACGCCUACUACUGGGCUAAAGUCGUCGCUUUUUUGCCCUUUUGUCGUCUCAGCAUUAUUUAUUUUACUAUACAUAGGACUGGGCAGCGUGUAUCUAUGGGCCGCACGUCCUACGUUCUCCAACUUGAUACACUCAGUAGAAACAAGAGAUAUACUUCGGAGGGCAUCGUCAUUGAGCAGCAAAAUUGACGUUUCUCGAAAAAAAUUAAUAUUAUAUUGGGGAAGUUCAAUGCCCAACACGUGUGACUAUUUUAGACUAAUUAAACCAGAUCCGACGUUCGAGGAUCUGAACUGUCCGGUGAAUAAUUGUGCUUGGACGGAAGAUAAAACAAAGAUAAAAGAAGCCGAUGCGGUCCUAUUUAUUGACUACUGCCUGUCAGAGCCGCCUCCCCAGGGGAGAAACCCUCGAGGUCGUUGGGUGUAUGUUUGCCACGAGAGCCCGUGUAAUAGCUUAUGGAGUUUACACAAGUGGAAUGGUCUCUUCAACUGGACGAUGACCUACACUAAGGAAAGCGACAUCUACAGUCCGUAUGCACGUCUCGUACAUAACGAAAGGGGCAGCUCUGUCUCUGUGUUAUCCAAAGAACGGUCGUUAUUAAUUGCUAAGAAAAAAUCAAAACUGGUAGCUUGGAUGGCUAGUCACUGCCCCACUAGCAGCAGACGAGAAGAAUACGUGGAACAGUUACAGAAAUACAUCCCAGUCGAUGUAUACGGGAAGUGUGGUCCCCUUGUAUGUGAGCGUAAUGACACUCGUUGCUCUGAGUUACUCAACAACGACUACAAGUUUUACUUAGCAUUCGAAAAUGGUCUUUCAAAGGAUUACGUGACAGAGAAAUUCUUUAAUAUGAUUCCACUGAAUGUAAUCCCGAUUACUCGGUCUGGGGCAAAUUUUAGUCGACUUGGAAUUCCAGCAGUACUGCACUUAGACACUCGGGAUUUCAAAUCUCCAAAAGAUCUGGCAGAGUAUCUCAAACGUCUUGAUCAAGAUGAUGAGAGCUACGCCGCCUUACUGAGAGCAAAAGUGAAGUACAGGAAUCAGAUUGUCCAACCUUGGAACAGUUACUGUGACUUAUGUAAAAAGAUGAAUGACCCUAAUGAGCCGAGAAAGAGUUAUAGUGCUGAAGAAAUACGAAAGCAGCAUGGCCCAUGCCUGCUGCCAAAUGACCUCUGACACACACGAGUUAGACAAGCACGAGGUAGAUCCGUACGAGGAAGACCAAAUUAACUAUGAAUGAUGUGUUUUUUCCUUCUUGUUUUACUGUUCAGAAAUAGCAUUUUUGUAAGUCGCCCUACGUGUAGUGUUUGUAUUGCAAAGUUAGGCCUACUAGUAAGGUCAGGUCAAGAUCAGGAUUUAAAUAUCCCCUGUAAAAGAUGGAUGUUAUAGAUUUCUGUGAUUUAAGUGAGAUUAUGCCAAAUCACUGAAAAAUGUUGAACAACCAUGGACCACAUGAACAACCAUGCAACAAAUAGUGCGGAAAGUAGUUUUUCCUUUUUUGAGGUAAAAAAAGCACAACAAUAAAAUAAAUUUUCUACUUCUAAAAACAGUGCUCUUUUCGGAAUCAAAAUUUCAAAUUUACAUAAUACGUGUACCUACGCAUAUACAAAUACUGGCAUUACAUAUUAGAAAUGUGCAAAACGGUCAGUAAAAGUUACUGGGUAUGUGACAGCUAUGUACUGACACGGUGUAAACGACAUACAUGAAUGUACGGGAUUGACGGGAGAUUGAUAACUCAGAUUCAAAAUGAAAGACUGUCAAUAUUCUUGAAAAUUUCCGGAAGCCGGUAGGAGACAGUGUUGAUCGAUACCUGUACUUGGACAAGUAGCAUCCAAUAUUUAUACCACUCCAGGUCUAAAUGCCAUCUUAGUACACGAUAAUGUAGUUUAAAUGUAUACUAUACGUGUUAUAGAACGUCCCAAAGCCGUAAUUUUUUAUGUCUUCAUGGCCUAUAAAAUAACAUACUAAUCUUUUUUUAAUUUAGACCUUAAAAGCAAUAAAACACCUCAAAUAAAGGUACCUAAUGCUUAUACAUCCUUCUGAGAUGUGAAUUAAGAAAUGGCG